AUGCUAUAUCUCUAUACGUUGCUACGCGACCGGGUCUUAGCAGAUAACGCGUUCGUAAACCGAUUAAUCUAUUUCCUAGAAAGUGUUAUUAUAUAUAGCAUUCACAAUCUAGACCUAGAUAGUCCUAAUACGGUUAUUUCCCGCGUAGCCCCUUUAACUAGCGCCGUAGAGUCGGAUAUGAAAUUUAUAGAGAAGAUAUUUUAUGAUAGUAAUAGUGUUGCUCCUACCUACUUCAAGUAUAGUGGACGGUUGUCUGCUAAAAACAACUGUCGUUUUAGUAUGCCUCGCGAUCUUAUUAAGGUGUCUAGAGUUAAUAAUUUUGGUAUAGUUCACCUUACUCGUAAUAACGCUUGGGUUAAUCCGUGGAAUCUAUUUAUCGCUAGUUGUAUCCGAUUAAACCACGAUAUAUCCUAG